GUUGGAGCGACGGCGAGGAAUAGAGGACCCCCCAGGCGCUCGCGCGUGUGUAUGGUUGAGUCGAUUGAACAACCCCCCCCAAAAAAAAAAAGUCCCGAGAAAACCUGGGAGACACUCCCAAAUUUUUAGUGAUUUAAAACAGCCAUAUGUGCAUAGGGCCACAUGGAAGCCAGAGCCAGACAUCUUUACCUCUAAGGUUGCUUGACAGACAAGUUUUACUUAUGUUUACUUGAGAAAUAGCAGAGAAAGACAAGUUUAAUGCACUUGACUGCUGAGCCAUAGGAUUUGAAACAAAGUGCAGGUAGAAGAGAGAACGCACUGAGGGCAGUUUAAAGAUUUAGCUUGAUAAUAAAAGAGAGCCUCAGCUGUUUGUGUCAUAUCAUGUCUCAGUUUUUAUUCUACACAUUCCCAAAUUUAUAGCCAGGGAUUUGAUCAUUUUGUGCUUGUGUCACUGGAAACAUUUAUUUGUUGUACCUUUUCUUUCACAUGCCGUGUGGAAGAAGUCUAGUUUGCUUAAAUGGAGAAUUUCAGCGUCAAAAGGGCAAAUUGUAGAGGACGCCAUUACCUCAGCAUCAACUGCAAAAUAGCCUAGCCUAGCUCAGCUCAGCUCAGCCCUGCUGGCCAGUCCGUGACUCCUCCUUCCCCUUCCCUCUUCUCCCACAUAGUGCCCCUCCACCCCUGUCUCUUUCAAGUGAGCUAUAAUGGCAUCGGUGCGCUUCACCGUGACGCCCACUAAGGCGGAGGACCUUCCAGGGGGGUCAGACCUGUCACCUGACAUCAGCCUGCGCUCCGGUUCCCGUGUGCGCUUUGAGUCAGACAGCGCCAACCGAAGUGACCCACUAAGCGAAGUUUCUGGAGGUGUGACGACGACUUCUGCAGGAGGAGGGGCUGACACCCCGGAUCACAGCAGCAUAGACCAAGGUGAGGGAAAUUCAAAAACCUCCAGCGUGUACAUCAACAGCAAUCAUCAGGUGGACGAUGACGACUUCUACGACAAAAACCUGGCCUUGUUUGAGGAGGAGAUGGACACUCGACCGAAGGUGUCCUCUCUCCUCAGCCGCCUGGUCAACUACACCAACCUGACUCAGGGGGCCAAAGAGCAUGAAGAGGCCGAGAGCAUCGGCGAGAAAAAGAAACCCAGCAAGUCGCCACAGAUGGGGACGCUGAUGGGCGUGUACCUGCCUUGUCUGCAGAACAUCUUCGGCGUCAUCUUGUUCCUGCGGUUGACCUGGGUGGUGGGAACUGCCGGCGUGCUGCAGGCCUUCUGUAUUGUUCUUAUGUGCUGUUGCUGUACAAUGUUGACCGCCAUAUCAAUGAGUGCAAUCGCAACCAAUGGAGUCGUACCAGCGGGAGGUUCCUACUUCAUGAUCAGCCGCUCUUUGGGUCCAGAGUUUGGGGGGGCGGUAGGCCUGUGCUUCUACUUGGGCACAACCUUCGCUGGAGCCAUGUACAUCCUGGGAGCUGUCGAGAUCCUUCUGAUGUACAUUGCACCCAGAGCAGCGAUCUUUGAAGGUGAAGGAGGAGCCAUGUUGAACAACAUGAGGAUAUACGGCUCCAUCUUUCUCCUCUUCAUGGCCUUGCUGGUUUUCGUGGGGGUCAAGUAUGUGAACAAACUGGCCUCUGUCUUCUUGGCCUGUGUCAUCAUCUCCAUUUUAUCCAUUUAUGUCGGAGCGCUGGUUUCUGCCUUCAGCGUGCCGGAUUUUCCCGUAUGCAUGCUGGGAAACAGAACUAUCAACGCCCAUGAUGUUGUUGACAACCACUGUAGUAAAACUGUCCUGGUUAAAGUUCCAGCUGAGAAAUUAGACAGCAACUUCACGAUUAACGAAAACAGCACAGUGGGCCCCACUUUUGACCCCAGCCAUGUCCCAGAGGUGAUGGUGGAGAAGACCACACAUCUUUGGAAGUUAUUUUGCCAUAACGCACAGCUCAACACCACCUGUGACGAAUACUUCACUUCAAACAACUUCUCUGAGAUUAAAGGGAUCCCCGGACUGACUAGUGGGGCCAUAUCAGAGAACCUGUGGAGUACAUACCUCCACAAAGGGGAUGUUUUGGAGAAAAGAUCCCUCCACACCUCUCAAGUUGCACACCCAGCCUCUGAUCGCUAUCCGUACGUGUUUGCUGACAUCACCACCUCUUUCACAGUGCUCGUGGGCAUCUUCUUCCCCUCAGUCACAGGAAUCAUGGCCGGCUCCAACCGGUCGGGGGAUUUAAAAGAUGCUCAGCGCUCCAUCCCCAUCGGAACCAUCCUCGCCAUCCUCACCACCUCUUUAGUCUAUCUGAGCAAUGUCGUGUUGUUUGGAGCCUGCAUCGAGGGGGUGGUCCUCAGAGACAAGUUUGGAGAUUCAGUUAAAGGCAAUCUGGUGGUGGGGACUUUGGCUUGGCCCUCGCCGUGGGUCAUUGUGAUCGGGUCCUUCUUCUCCACAUGUGGCGCGGGCCUCCAGUCUUUGACUGGCGCUCCACGACUCCUGCAGGCCAUCGCCAAAGACAACAUCAUCCCCUUCCUCCGGGUCUUUGGCCACGGGAAAGCUAACGGGGAACCUACGUGGGCUCUGCUGCUGACAGCUCUGAUAGCUGAGCUGGGGGUUCUCAUCGCAUCUCUGGACAUGGUGGCUCCUAUUCUGACAAUGUUCUUCCUUAUGUGUUACCUGUUUGUGAACCUGGCCUGUGCCCUUCAGACCCUCCUGAGGACACCCAACUGGAGGCCUCGCUUCUCAUACUACCACUGGAGCUUGUCCUUUCUGGGGAUGACUUUCUGCCUGGCGCUCAUGUUCAUAUCCUCUUGGUACUACGCAAUCGUUGCCAUGGUGAUUGCCGGGAUGAUCUACAAGUACAUUGAGUAUCAAGGGGCAGAGAAGGAGUGGGGAGAUGGGAUCCGUGGUCUGUCACUCAGCGCUGCCCGUUAUGCUCUGCUGAGGCUGGAAGAAGGACCACCGCAUACUAAAAACUGGAGGCCUCAGCUUUUGGUGUUACUAAAACUGGACGAAGACGCCCACGUCAAGUCUCCUCGGCUCCUGACGUUUGCCAGCCAGCUAAAGGCGGGAAAAGGCCUGACCAUUGUUGGCACUGUUGUCCCCGGGAACUACCUGCAGAGCUAUGGAGAGGCGCUCGCUGCUGAGCAGACUCUGAAGCACCUGAUGGAUAAGGAGCGCGUGAAGGGCUUCUGCCAGUGCAUCGUGGCUCAAAAGCCACGUGAUGGGAUCAGCCACAUGAUCCAGUCAAGUGGCCUGGGAGGAAUGAAACCCAACACUGUGGUGAUGGGCUGGCCUCACGCCUGGAGGCAAAGCGAGGACCCACAGUCCUGGAAGACCUUCAUCAACACAGUGCGGGUGACCACAGCGGCCCACCUUGCGCUUCUGGUGCCCAAAAACAUCUCCCUGUUCCCUAGCAACUCCGAGCCCUGCACAGAGGGCUACAUCGAUGUGUGGUGGAUCGUCCAUGACGGCGGGAUGCUGAUGCUUCUGCCUUUCCUCCUGCGACAACACAAGGUGUGGCGCAAGUGUUCAAUGCGAAUCUUCACAGUGGCCCAGAUGGAGGAUAAUUCCAUCCAGAUGAAGAAGGAUUUGUUAACCUUCACCUAUCAGCUACGCAUCGAUGCUGAGGUGGAAGUAGUGGAGAUGCACGACAGUGACAUCAGUGCAUAUACCUAUGAGAGGACGCUGAUGAUGGAGCAGAGGUGUCAGAUGCUCAGACAGAUGCGACUGUCUAAAUCUGAUCGGGACAGAGAGGAGAGCCCUAGCAGUAGCAGCAACAAUGGUAGGCCAGAGGCAGGUGGAGCUACAAGGUCUCAGGCGUAUCUUUCCCCCAGGUACAAAAGUCCUGGACCCUUCACGCCAAACACCUCCAGAGGAGACAGACAGGCCCAGCUGGUGAAGGAUCGUAACUCCAUGCUGCGUCUGACGAGCAUCGGCUCAGACGACGAAGAUGACACAGACGGCGGCGAGCGAGACCGGGCGGCGAGCGGCGGCGGCGGCAGCUCUGAGCACCACCGCCGCAUUCAGAUGACCUGGACCAAAGAGAAGACCACACAAUACAGAGCGACGCACUCGGGCUGCUCCACCCCCGAGGGCUUCAGGGACAUGCUGAGCAUCAGGCCGGACCACUCCAACGUCAGGCGAAUGCACACUGCCGUCAAACUCAACGAGGUCAUCGUCAACAGAUCCCACGACGCCCGGAUCGUCCUGCUCAACAUGCCUGGACCUCCCAGGAACACCGAAGGAGAUGAGAACUACAUGGAGUUCCUGGAGGUCCUGACAGAAGGAUUGGAGCGUGUGCUGUUGGUGAGAGGCGGAGGAAGUGAAGUCAUCACCAUCUACUCCUGAUUAGACAAACACAGGAAGCCAGCAUCAAGCAAGCAGCCAGUCGUGCAGGAGAGAGCAGAGUGAAGACGAUGGGAUCUGGGAACCUGAAAAAGAGCGAUUGUCGAUUGUCACACUUCCCUGUCGUGGCGCUGGUUUCCAUCCCACAUGCUGUCCAAGCUACAAAAAUGCCAACACAAUUCCAACAAGGAGCAGAAACAAAAAUAA